AUGUUAAAUCGUCACGAGCGAACCUGUGAAGCGAACGUUAGUUACCAGUUUCCAGGAGGUGCUUACAAGACCCCACCAACCAUCUUUCAGUUGCUUGGAGACGAAGGGUUGACUGUUCCUGAGCAUCUCAAGUUCUUCCCCUGUAGAGUUACCUUUGACUUUGAGUGUAUGUUUAGACCUGAGACAGACCUUAACAAUACAGAGAAACUGACUUGGGACGCUAAACAUAUACCCCUCAGCGUGAGUGUCUGUUCCAACGUUCCAGACUACGACCAACCCAAGUGCUUUGUGUCAGAUGGGGACUCUAAACAACUCGUCAAAGAGAUGUUAGAACACCUCGUAAGUGAAAAGGGUUAUGACCUGUUAAGAAAAGAAUUUAUUUUUUUUGAAGCCAUCGACCGAAUGCUGCAAGACCUACAGCAAAAAUCAGAAGCUGGUGACCCUUCAAAAACUAACACAGUAGAAAACCUCACACAGGAAGAUAGCGAUGAUGAAGGAGAAGAUCUCACGGACACAGAU